AUGGGUUAUUUAAUGACGGCAAGAUUUUUGUUGCUGUUAAUAUUUUUUAUCUAUCUAUCUAUCUAUCUAUCUAUCUAUCUAUCUAUCUAUCUAUCUAUCUAUCUCAGUAUAUAUUGGCUUGGCUUGAUUUUUAUUGCUGUUAAUAUUUUUUAUCUAUCUAUCUAUCUAUCUAUCUAUCUAUCUAUCUAUCUAUCUAUCUAUCUAUCUCACAUAUCAACAUCAAUGUAUUAUUUGAUGACGAAAAAUUUUUUUGUUGCUGUUAAUAUUUUUUCCAAAAAUGUAUCGAAAAAUAUCCAAAAAAUAUUAUCUAUCUAUCUAUCUAUCUAUCUAUCUAUCUAUCUAUCUAUCUAUCUAUCUAUAUAUUUAUCUAUGCUCCCUUUAUUUCUUUUACUCUUCCUAUGUUUUUUUUCUUUACUUGCUUCCUUUUCUUUCUUUCUUUCUUUCUUUAUAUCUUUCUUUCUGUCUUUCUUUCUUUCUUUCUUUCUACUUUUUCUUUCAUUCGCUCUUUCUUUCUUCCUUCUUUCUUUCCUUUUUUUCUUUGCUAAACUUUUCUAUUUGCCUUUAUUCUUUCUUUCUUUCUUUCUUUCUUUAUUUAUUUAUUUCUGUCUUUCUUUCUUUCUUUUUUAUAUCUUCGUAGUCCUCAGACAUUUUAUUUCUCUUUCUUUGUUUUUUGUAAGUAACUCUUUUUAUUAG